AUCAAUGGUUUUUAUAGCAUUAUAGUGUUUGACAAAUUUAAGGAGGGAGCAUAUUUCGGCCCCCAAGAAAUCUUACGAGCGAGCUCAUGCCGGGAGCUUUGGUCCUUGGGGUUGAUUUUCGUAGCAUAACUCAACCGUUUUUGAUUUAAUUCGGUUCUUUGGAUUAAUCUCGUGAUUUCGUUCGUGUUUGUUGCUAGUCUGAGUGGCUAUUUAGGUUCAGUAUCUUCAGUAGUUCUUGUGAAUUGGUCUGGGGUUGAGCUCACUUUCGCAUUACUACUUUUUUGUUCAUUUGGGGAGUUUUCAAGUGCAGCCUUUUCUCAUCACAAAGCAAACAUUCUAUAAUUAGGCCACAAUAUGUCUUCAGCUCAAGACCCUUUUUAUAUUGUGAAGGAGGAUAUCCAACAAUCUAUUGACAAGCUGCUGUCUUCAUUUCAUCAAUGGGAGCGCAUUCCUUCUAGCAGUGGAGAGUAUCAACAUCUCAUGAAGGAGCUUAUUGCUACAUGCCAGAGCAUUACAUGGCAGGUAGAUGAGCUGGACAAGACAAUUACAGUUGCCUCAAAGGAUCCUGCUUGGUAUGGUAUUAAUGAGAUGGAGCUUGACAAACGAAGAAGAUGGACAAGUGGUGCAAGGACUCAGGUGGGGAAGGUAAAAAAAGUGGUAGUAGCUGGACAAGAGUCAAAUGGAUUGAGCGUUAUGGAGAUGCGAAGAGAGCUGAUGGCGCUUCCAAAUUCACAUCAGACUGAUAAAUGGGAAAGAAGCACUAACCCAAACAGUGAUGAUUUUGUAUCUGCGGAAUCUGAUAAACAGUUACUCCUCAUUAAGCAGCAGGAUGAUGAGCUGGAUGAGCUUAGUGCUAGUGUAAAAAGAAUUGGAGGUGUUGGGCUUACUAUACAUGAUGAGCUUCUCUCACAGGAGAAGCUUAUUGAUGAACUGGGUGUAGAGCUGGACAGUACAUCCACUCGUCUUGAUUUUGUUCAGGUUCGGCUCAAAGAUGCUAUGUAUGAGCUCUUGGUACAUUGGUCCACGAAAAUUGAAUUAGAAGCCACCUGGAAAAGUUAUGCUGCAUUUCAGGAAGCCUUUUUGGAUUUUGAGCUUGAGGACAAGCUCGUUGUUAAUGGAGGGAGUGACGAUACAAGUCUUUUCAGUUAUAGUAGCCGUUACUAUUUAUUAGCUUUGCCUAAUUAAUUGGUCCACAAGUUAAUCUGGCCGUUGAAAAGGGUUGCUAUGGUUAUGAAGAAGGCCACUCUCAAGGGUCAGAUUAUGAUGAUAUUAUUCUUGAUCGGUAUCUUCAUUAUUUUGUUUGUUCUUGUUUUCCUAACCUAGUUGAGAGAGGCAGUAAGCCCAAUGUUUUGUAAAUAAAAUAUCGGGCAGGUAUUUUAUUCAUUAAUUAAUUUCAAAUGAUCUCGAUUUGUAAAUUGUAAUGCUGGACGAGGAACACUAUUGUAGUAAUGUAGUAUCGUGUAUGAUUUAUUUGUCACCCAAAAGGCCAAAAUCAAUGAUCUACGGGAAUUUAGACUAAAA